AUGGGUAAUACCAGCACGAAAGAGAGCCGUCCCGGGCAGCCCGGCGCACCCGGCGAUCACGGCCAAUCGUCGUCGUCAUCGCAGCAGCCAAACGCCUCGCGCGCGCACGGACACAGCUCGAGUUCCAGACCGCGUGGCCGCUCCGGCCGCAACAACGAUCUUGGCAGCCUGCUCGGCAUCUCUGCACAAGGGUCCGGCACCCAGCCCCCAGAACGCCGGGAAACAAGGCAGGAACGGGAGGCCCGGCGGCUGGAACGGGAUCGCCAAGCCCGGAUCGCCGAGCGCGAGCGCAGCAUGCGAGAGGAGCACGUCGACGGCGGUUAUCUCGUGACGCUUGGCACCUACGUCGGCCCUGAAGACUUUAGCAAGCCCACCGUGCGCAUGCUACAGGACUUCUCGCCCACGUGGACGGAAUACCAAAUCGCUGCCGCGGCACGGGGCCUAGAUGUCCCGCCUCCCGACCAACCGCCUCCGGAAUCCUUCUUCUCCCGCCCUCCCACGUCCGCCGGCGCCACGCCUGGUUCGCCGCCCAAAUCUGCUACCGGACAUACACUGGCCGUUCCUCAACCCGGCCCGACCGCCUCGUCUUCCCAACUCAGCGCACCUGGCACCGCCGCCACCGCCGCCACCACACCACCGUCAGGCGCCAUUCCGACCGGUUCCCUCGCCGGCACCUCCUCCCCCGCCGUCGUUAUCCCACCACCCUCCACCACUGGCGGCGCAACCACGCCUCGCGGUGGGUCCAGCUCACCGUUUAAGCCGCGUGCAAAGGCCAUCGCCGCCGCUCUUAGUAUUUCGUCGCGCAACGGCUCCUCUACCGAUAUCGCCCCCCGCGAGAUUAUGCUCCCCCACGACCCCUAUGUUAACGGCCAACCCAUCGAGGUGUUUUUGUACAAGGACGCCGACGAGUGCCCCAUCUGCUUCCUGUCCUACCCCCCUUACCUCAACCACACCCGUUGCUGUGACCAGGCCAUUUGCAGCGAGUGCUUUGUGCAGAUAAAGCGUGCCGACCCCCACUAUCCCGAAAACCAUGGUGACAGCAACAACGGCGGCGGCGGCGAAAAUGCAAAUGCCGACGGAGAGGAUUCCCAGGCCGGCAAACUCGUGUCCGAACCUGCAUGCUGCCCCUACUGCCAGCAACCCGAAUUCGGCGUCACCUAUGACCCCCCACCCUUCCGCCGUGGUCUCGUCCAUGCAUCCAGCUCCAUGACGUUGGGUAUUGGCGCCAUGGGCGCCGCCAUGUCGUCCAACAGCUCCAUCAACUCCGGUCCCUCCCCCACCGCUCUCCUGUCACCCAACACCGGAUCGCCCCCCACCGGCACCGGCGCUGCGACGCCCGUGUCGAGACGCCGCGCUCAGUCCCUGUCAGCCAACGCCCCCAACGUCAUCACCACCGACCGUGUCCGGCCCGACUGGUCGACCAAACUUGCGAGCCAAUCCGCCCACAUCGCCCGCCGCGCAGCUGCGGCCACGGCCCUCCACACGGCUGCUUUUAUAAUGGGUGGCAACCAGGACAACCGGUCUUUCCGCGUCAGCCGCUUCAGUAGACGCAACACAUCGUCCAACAACAUCGCCGGUGAUGCUAGCCCCGUUCCGAGCGGCGGCGAUGCUGCGGCCGAUGGGGGCGGUGCCAGCGGCGGCGGUGGUGGUCCUGAGGGUGCACGGUCGAGCUCCAUGGCCAACGCCAGCGGGUCUGCACGGCGCACACGGAUGGAAGAUCUCGAGGAGCUCAUGUUUAGAGAAGCGCUGCGCCAGUCCCUAGCCACCGAAGAAGAGCGUCGCCGUAAGGAGGAGAAGGAGGAGCGGAAAGAGGCUAAGCGUCGCGAAAAGGAAGAGCGCAAGGCCGCCAAGGCCAUGGCCAAGCGUACAGGCAACAGCAGCAGCCUCUACGCCACCGGCACGGAUAGCGGCCAGAGCUCGGCGAGCGCGAGCACCCUGAGCCUGUCUGCGCUCAACAUCGGCAACCGUCGGCGUGGCAACAGUGGCGCGUCCAAUCUCCGCGUCGAAGCCAGUGUCGCCAACGCCAUGACGGCUGGCGGCAGCGGCAGUGGCAGCGGCAACGGCAGUGGAGCUGUCAACGCCAACUCCAACCAAAACACGGCAGCGUCGGUCAGCCCGGCCAGCAGUGGCGGCACGAGCCCGGUUGUCAGCAACCCCCCCUCAGGUCCGGCCAGCCCAACGCAGGAUCGCGGCACCAUUGCUCAGGACAAUGGUUCUACCGGCAAAGGCAAGGCCGUUGAUCGUGGUGUGGGAGAUGCCGAAGCCAACGCUGACACCGCCGCCCCAACGGCCACCUCGUCGUCGUCAUCUACCGGUGCGGCGCCUCGUCCCAUUCCCUCUGCGCAAUACCCGUCUGCCGGCCCUUCCCACCUACGCCAAAUGAGCAGCGCUUCCUCCGUUUCCUCGUCCCUCCCCGACUCGGCCGGUGGCAGUUUUCCCAACGCCCUUCACCUGCAGGAUCCCCGUGCGAGCGGACUGAGUUUGGGCAGCCGCAGCAACGCCAGCGAAGACGGCGACCAUCGCGACCACCGCGACCACGACCACGACCACGACGACCCCAGCGCGAGCCCCGAGUCCCUUUUCAACUUUGGCAGCCUUGCGGCCGUUGUUGGUGUGCAGCUGGAAGGCAAGAAUGCUGGUCGGCGCUUGUCUGUCAUCGACCGGGAGGCACAGGGCCAACUCACCACGGACGCGACCGACGUCCCCGCGAGCUCAUCACCACCGAAAGAGUCGGAACUGAAUGGCCGUGUUGAGCACGCCGAGCAUGCACCCAACACGACGAGUGCCGACAAAGGCAAGGACCACUCCGACGCCUACGCCACCCUCAAGCAGCCCACCCCCCUAUCUACAUCCACCGGUGACUUCAAGCAGCCGCCCGAAGUCAUGGUCACCCCCGGCACGCCGGCACCCGCGGACGAUUUACCACUAGAAUAG